AUGCCUCAAUGUCCAUCGUGCAGGAAGGUCUUUCAAGACCAUACAUCCGUUGCUUGUCACAUGAGUCAACCUCGGUCUGGCUGCAAUACAUGGCUGGAAGAUAUAAUCAAGCUCAGCUCUGUUAUUCCAUCACGCCAUUCCUCGAACUCAGCAGAUAUUGAACGCCAUGAUGGAAGCGAGGCGAUGUUGGAUGACUCAGAUGACUUUGGUAAUGUUGGUGGUGAAGGAGAGGAUACAAUGGUGGAUGGAACUUACAACAAGGGUGAUAAAGUAACCGAGUGCUAUCCUGACCCCCCGCUUGCCUAUCAGGAUGGCUACACCUUUCUGAGCCUGUUUGACUCUGAUGAAAAUAGUGUGUAUCGCAAGAAUAACCUCUACUAUCCAUUUAGUUGUCGAGAAGAUUGGCAACUUGCAGCAUGGCUGCUUCAUUCAGGCCUGAGCAUGGGCAAGAUAGACUCUUUCCUAUCGCUCGAAAUGGUCAAGGACUUACCCUUUGGUCCACGUUGGAUGUCCCAAAUAAUCCCCACAUCACAUCCAACAAAAUCACCAGUAAUUCUAUAUUGGCACGACCCUCUAGAGUGUAUCUCCAGCAUCUUCAACCACCCCUUAUUUCAUGAUUGUAUGGACUUCACCCCUCGCAAGGUGUACUCUACUGCAGAGAAGCGGUGUUGCGUAUACACUGAAUGGAUGACAGGAAAUGAUGCCUGGAAUAUGCAGAUGGCCAUACCUAGAGGUGCGACCCUCCUUGGCACUAUACUAUCCUCUGACAAGACGAACAUCACUGCCUUGACAGGUGAUCGCGUUGCUCAUCCGCUUCUCAUAAGCCUUGCAAAUAUACAUAUGGAUAUACAACUGAAAUCUUCAUUGAGUGCUUUCGUUCUCACUGCUCUACUACCCAUCCCAAAGUUUGUGCAUAGGAAGAAGCGAAUGAAGGGUGUAUUGGAGGAUCACCUCAUACACCAAUGUUUAGACAUCGUUCUCAAACCAUUGAAACAGGCAGCUCAACACGGCAUCAUGUUAUUGGACCCCCUUGGCAACAGUCGUUAUUGCUUCACUCCGCUUGCAAGCUAUAUCACGGACACCCCUGAAGCCAUGAUGCUGGCAACAGUCGGUGGCAAAUCAUCACCAGUGACCAUGGUGAUGUAUAAGCAGUUUGGGGACCCCUUCCAGCAUGAACCUCGGACAAAAUCAACAACUCUUGCGCAGCUUUCAGUUGUGCAUUCAUGUGCUGAUCCCCUUGAUAUCGAGGCCUUCUUCUGUGAAGCACAGAAGUUCCGUCUGAAUGGUGUCGCUGAACCAUUUUUUCGAGACUGGCCACUCGCAGAACCCUCCCAUUUCUUUACGCCGGAAGACCUUCACCACAUUCACAAACAAUUCUGGGACCAUGACACACAAUGGCUCAUUUGUGUUGUCGGGGGGUCUGAGAUUGACUUCUGGUUUUCUGUUUUGCAGCCCAUUACUGGCUAUCGACACUUUCAUGAAGGCAUUUCAAAGAUGAAACAAGUCACUGGUCGUUGUCAUCAUGACAUUCAGUGA